GAAUUCAUUUCUUUAUUUCAGUACAAGUUGUCUUCCGGUUCAGUCUACUGUCAAGAUGAGUCAUAGUUUUGAUGACAACCAAAGCUUUGGUUACUCGGACAAUACCCUUCCCCGAGUGGAGCGGUCACAGACUGCAUGGGUUCAACAGAAACCACAUAGAGGCAGACAGAACAAUCCUCUCCAUGUCAGAGACAAUCACGAAAGUCCAGAACUUGUUUGUGAAAACAUUUCUCCAUUCCCCGACCAUACUAUGUUCAUACCACAGGACACGAUACCAGCUGACUCUGGUCACGAGGGUCUUUCUGAAACGUUAACCCAACUUCCAAGUGCAAGAAAUCAAAGUAGAAGAUUGAAAAGCUCCAAAGAUAAUGAGCAAAGACUUAAAUACAAUGCUGCCUUCUAUAGUGAAAGAGGCAGGAGGGAGAACACCCUUGCUCCAUCACCUCGAGACAAGGGUCCACAACGAUUUGCCUUCACCCAGCCGUUACAAACAUCACAGUCAAACAGUGGUCAGCUGAUGUAUUGUAGAGGUGAGUCGGUGAUGAAACACGAUGUAUUAGUGAGGAGAAGGCCAUCGGUAAGUCACGAUGUGGAGAACAGAACAUACUCUCCCAUGCCACAAAUCCCGAAACAACGAUGCUUGGUGCCCAGACUCAAUCUUCCUCCAGAUCUGGGACAAAGCAGAGAAAACACACUCGUGGAACAUUCUUGGCGAUCUGGUGUUCAAGCUACCCCAACGACACCAGAACAUACUCGGCCGUCAUUCUGUGCAACUCCAAGAGACAAUUUCACAAUGAAACCAAAGGAACUAUCUGACCCUCUUGACUACAUCCAUCCACAGCAGGUUCAAGAAAAGAAAUAUUCCAUUCUGCCCUCUAUUGGGACUUCUCGACACAGACGAAAAGGCAAGGGAAGUAAGUCUCAACAUCACAACCAACUGGACUACACACGGGAUCAGUAUGAAUCAAAUGCAGAUUUCUUCUCUGAUUACAACACAAACAUGGAUUCCCCUGAGGUUAUUUCCCAUAUAAGUCCGGUUCCCUUACCGCCAAUACAAGUAAGUUCUGGUCGCAGUGACUGCGGUGAAACACCAUCAAGAAAACAUUCAGCGGCCAGCGGACACAUGGACAGGGAAGAGCUAGUGUUGUCAUCGGAGAUAUCGUUUUCAGAACGGCUCAUCACAGAGACGAGUCCUCCGGUCUCUAAGUGAAGCAAUUUCCAACUGGUGUUGACUGCUGACAAUGCACUUUCCUCGGGUCAGUGGAGCAGUGCUUGGAAACAUGACUACUCGGGUGUUCAGCUGGCAUAGGUGGGCUAUAACAGAUGAGUUCUGCCUUGCCAGAGGAUUCAAAUUCUUUUGAUUUGUGGACACUUUCCGAUUUUCCUUAACAGCAAAUGUUCAAAGUCGAAGCAUUGGACUUUAACAUUUUCUUUUUGCAACAAUAUUUCCCAGAAAAGUGAUAUUUAUCAAAUUUUAUAAAAUGUCUCUGACAAUUUCUGAUUGUGCAACAUGUCUUAAUAUCUCAGGGGCAACUAUAAUGUCAUGUGACACAGUGACGGUAACCAGAUUAAAUUCAUGUUAGAGGGAUCAUAGGGGCUAAGUACAAUUUGAGACAUUUGGAGAGUUAUUGCUGCAUCUUAUUUUCAGACUAGUAGAUGCCUUUUGUUGAUUGCCAUACCUGGUGAAAAGUUAAUGUUCUUCACUGUCUUCAUUCAUGAGUUCACAAAUUAUUUCAUUGUCACAGAUGCGCCUAACAAACGUAUCUGACAGUACAGAUUCAUGUUUAAAACCACCAAUAGUGUAUGCUUGAGACAACUGCAACCACUGUAUGCAUUAAGUGAGGCACCCUGAUUGAUACACAGAGGCUCCCUGUGACGAGGUACAAGCUUGUACCUAACAGUGUCAAGAUGAGACAAUGCCUGUAUCAGCUGCAUUUUCUAUUUUCUUAAUGAUUGAACACAUUUUUACAAAUGACACUCUGUGGCUUACUGUGGAAUAAACUGUACAUAGUUCAUAACAUG